UCCUAGAGGCCUAGUAGUUAUUAUUUGUUUUGUAAUGAUGUACUCUUUUAAGUAUUUAUAGUAAAAAUUGCUACAUACUCGUAUAAGCUUUACCUUUCUUACAUAAAUGAAUUUAAAUAUACAAUUACUGCAAAAAUCUUUAUUUAUAAGCUCAAUGUGUUAGCAUGCUUUUCAAUAACUUGAUCAAUAAUAAUCAUGAAUUAAUCAUUCUGAUUCUAGUCUAUUCAACACAAUUCUAUAUUUCUAAUGGGGAAUAUAUUGAAAACCCAAAUAAAAAUAGCACCUAUAAUCUAUAGUUCUCAGAUCAUGGUAGAAUGGAAUCUUUCGCAUUACACUGUUUAUUUAUUAUUUAAAAGCAUGUGCACCAUUGCUCUGAAUAUCACACUAAUCAUCACUGUCUUCUUGUGAUUUCUCUACAUGCUUACAAUCAGAUGGAGUUUGUAUUUGGUGAAUUUUCUGACGAUUUUGAUAUUGCUUCAUUGUCAUCUGCUGAAUCAAUCCCAGCAUGCACCUCUCCAAAUUCACUUGCCCCUCCACCAAAACCCCCACGGAUAUUCCAUGAAUCCUCACUAGAGUUUUCCCGCUCAAAUUCGAACUCAUUUGAUGAGGAUAAUGAGCCUAAGGCUGCUGCACAGUUAGGGACUACUGAAAAUGUUGUUGACGAUUCUGCUGAAAAGAAAACUGAAAAUAACCUCGAUGAUAAUGAUGACAGUGAUGAAGUUCAAUUCAAGUUUUCUGACGAAGACUUCAAAGUAAUUGAUGAUGAUAAUGAACUUGAUGAACAUCUAAAUGAAGAACCUGAUCCUGACCAUCCAAAAGAUAUCGCAACUGUAGAAGACAAAGACCAUGAAAAAGAACUUGACAUUUCUGUUAAAGUUGAUGAUGAUAUGACUGUAGCUGGUGACUCCAACAUAAAUAAAGUUGUCCAAAACCAACAGCAAGGUGGUGAUAAAGUGAUGAAGAGUCCAACAAAGACCUUAAAAGAUUUAUCGAAGCUCAACAAAGAUAAGGCACAAGCAUUGAGAAAGAAAAUUUCAAAAAGUAUAUUUGCUCUCAAACAGAGUUCCGCAAUGUUUAAACCCAAGACAACCAUCUUGAAAUGUGAUGUCGGCACAAGCAUGCAGAAUGAUGCGUUAGAUGAAGAAGAAACAGAAAAUGAGAAAGUUGAAGAGACAAGUGAAAUUCCUGAAAAUCCUCAAAAUGAGCUUGAUAAUGGGAAUUUAGAUGAUAAGAGAAUCAUUGAAGAUGUAAGAAUGGUUUAGUAAAUCCAUUUCACAAAUUAGUACUUUGUAAGUGGUACCUAUUGUUCCACCCUUUCAGUACCAAUUUAUUAAAAUGGCACCAAAUGUUAUACUUAGCUAAAGAUGGCACCAUUUUAUAAUACCAAAAGGUACCAAUUUGUGAUUUAGAUUGGUAGUUUAGUUAGUAGAACCUCACCGUAGAAUCUUUAUUUGUAGGUAACUUAGAAAUCUUAAUUUGUGUAGAUUUAGUUUUAUUAGUACACACUGUGCAACAGGCAUUGUAGUAUAGCAGGCAUGUCAAUACACUCAGCAUGUCAGUACAGCAGGCAUGUCAGUACUUAAGCAUGUCAUGUCAACACACAUGGCAUGUCAGCAUACACAACAUGUCAGUCCUGCAAGCAUGUUGGUUUAUGAUGUAUGUUGGAUCAUGGAUGGUUA